UGUUUAGUCACAGGGGUGUAUGUAUUUUUUCGCGUCAAUUUUUAUAAACAAACGAUUUUGCUCGCAAACUGUUUUCAAUGAAAUAUUGCUUUUGAACUGUUCACUAUGGGAGGCGGAGAUUUGAAUACGAAAAAAUCAUGGCACCCGAAUACGUUCAAAAAUCAGGAGCGUGUGUGGAAAGCCGAGCAAGCAGAUGCGGCGGAGAAGCGGAAACUUGCCGAACUGCAGCAUGAAAUUAACGCGGAACGUGACAGGGAGGAGCUGAAGAGUAUCGCGAAAAAAUCCGGACUAAUUGCAAACGAUGACGGAGACAGAAAGCUGGAGUGGAUGUACAAAGGGGCACAAGUAAACCGGGAGGAAUAUUUGUUGGGUCGUUCAGUUGAUAAAACUUUCGAGCAGUUGGAUGCCCAGGAGAAAGCGGGUCCCAGCGUAGGAAUAACGCAACCCAAAAAUCAUGUCGAACAUGAAUGUAUUCCGUUCUCCAUCAGACAGUAUAAAGGAUUGGAGGGAACCGAACAGGUUGAUAUCACGCGAAAGCUUAUGGAGGAUCCAUUGAUGGCUAUCAAGCAGAAAGAAAUAGAAAGUCGACAGAAGAUACUGGAAAAUCCCGUAAAAUUAAAGGAAUUGCACAGAUUGCUGAAAAGUGAUCAAAGUAUAAAGGAUAGAAAGAAGACAAGUAAAAAAAGCAAGAAGGUGAAAAAGAGCAAAAAGAAAAAGAAAAGAACAUCUUCAUCGAAUGAAUCUGAUUCAGAGGUAGACGAUAAAGAUUUGGAUAAAAUGCUUGCGGAAAAGUAUAAAAAGGUUCAGAAUACAAUGAGCAGUAAUAAGAAUGAGGAUGUCAACUUAGACAAACUGUUAACUCUGAAGUAUCAGAAAUUAUCUAAGGAAUUGAACAAACUGGCAAAGCCGAAGAAAUCUAAAAAGAAGAUGAAAAAACGAUCGAGCAGCGUCUCGGAUGAAUCUGGGUCAAGCUCUGAUGAAAGUUAUACGCAAAAUAAAGGAAAGCAUCGUUCCAAGGAAAGAGACCGCCCACGAGGCUCAAGAGCACUCAGUAGAUCACAGAGUCUUGAAAAACACAAGCGAUAUCGGAAUCGUUCAAGAAGUCCUAAUAAAUCUAGAGAUCGAAACCGUUCCCGGAGUCGUGAUCGGCGAAGCCGUGAGCGUUCUUCGAAACAAAAUAGAAUGCGCUCGAAGGAACGCAGUGAGCGUCGAAAAUCUCCUGUCUCAUCGGAAUCCAGCAGAUCACCCACACCGGAGAAGACACGUCGAGGUCACAAUCGUAAUGAUGAUGACGAGGUGCCGGCGAGAUCGAAAAAUUUUGGUUUGGUAUCUGCUUCGGGCAAAAAGUUGGAGUUGACUAAACGAGACGAGGUUCGUCUGUAUAAACGGGAGGAAAUAAAGGCACAGCAAUCAAGCCUGAAGCCUGCAUGGAAGCGACCGGAAAGCAGGAAGCCAUUAACAGAGGAGGAACUUGAGGCCAAAAGGAAGGCAAUGUUGGAAAACGCUGAAUGGAGGGACAAAGAACGUCAGAGAAAUGUGAAGCGAUAUGAGGACGAAGACAGAAGGCAGGAGCUGAAGGAUAAACAGAAGAAGUACGAUAAGGACUUUAUUAAUCAACAAUUCAAACACGCUGCGAACAACGAGACGGUGGAAAAACGUAUCAAAUCCAAUCGAAAUAACAUCCAACGAAGCGGAGGUGCAAUGAACGAUAACUUUGCUAGGAGAUAAACUGAGCGAUAUUAAGCGAUAUUAAUAAGUAUAUCUAUAAAAAAGUGAAAUAAAAAGUCAAUAACAA